CUUGCAUACGAUGGAUCAGAUUCAGGUUGAAAAAGCCACAAAAGCUCUGCUUGCACACAUUCGCAUGCGCAAAUUAGAUGUCAAGAACAAGGCUACCACUGAAAAUAUUAUUGCUGAAAGUGAUGCUGAUGGCUUGAACAGUGAAGUUGUUUGGACCAUUAUCACCACCAAGAAAAUUCCAGAAAAAUUUAAAAGCAAGCCAGUUUCAAUUCGAUUGCCAAAUUCUAUUUUGUCAGAUACUGCUGAAAUAUGUAUGUUUGUCAAGGAUCCUCAAAGAGAGUUUAAAGAUCUUAUCAAGAACGCUGGAGUUACUCGUGUUUCUAAAAUUAUUGGUAUAUCCAAGCUCAAGAGCAAAUUUAUACCAUAUGAGGCAAAGCGCCAGCUGUGUGCUGCCUAUGAUAUGUUUCUUGCCGACGAGCGAGUGAUUCCUCUUCUUCCCAAAUUAAUUGGAAAAACUUUUUUCAACAAGAAAAAGCACCCAGCAACAGUCAGUCUUACAAAAAAAGAUGUCAAGUCUGAAAUUGAACGUGCAAUCCAUUCUACAUAUCUUCAUCUUAACAAAGGCGUGUGCAAUUCUAUAAAGACAGGCUCAUUAAAGCUGUCACAGGAGCAAAAUGUGGAGAAUAUUAUGGCCGUAGUCAAUAAAGCAGCUGAAAAGCUUCCCGGAAAAUGGAACAACAUUCAAUCCGUGUACAUCAAGACUACCACAUCAGUUGCGCUUCCAAUCUAUAAUGCUCUGCAUGACGAGCCUGCUGGAGAUGUUGAGAAGGAUGACGAAAGUACUGAGGUGGCGAUUAAAGAAAGAACUAUCGAGGAGAUUUUUGAAAGUGAGAUGGCUGAGGAUGAGCCAGAUGAGCCAGUUGAGCCUAUAAAGACACCCAAAAAGGUAUUGCCUGCCAAGGAAAAGUUGACAAAGAAAGCAAACCCGGUUUCUGAGAGUACCGACGCGGUACCAUCUCAAGGCAAAGCAGUCAAGACAACAGUCAAGACAACAGUGAAAUCCAAAGUGGCCAAAAAGACCGCCAAGGCUUGAGUCAUGACAACAUGCGAUAAAACAGAGAAUUAGUUUUGAAUAAAAAGGUUACAUUGGCAUUC